AUGGAUAAAGAACAUUUCCGUUUCUAUAUUAAAGUCCGUACUGCACUUCAUAUUCAACCAACAGUCAUUCAUAACGAAUUACAUACUGUCUUUGGUGAUCAAGCUUCCCUUCUCAGAACUGUUCAAAGGUGGUCAAAAUCGUUUCCUGAAUGUCGAGUAGAAGUUGAAGAUGAAGAAAGAUCUGGAAGACCUGUAACGGAGACAACACCCGAAAAUGUCGACUGGAUCCGUGAUCUUAUCAAUGAUGAUCCUUAUCUUACAGUUGACGAGAUCGAAGAACAAACGGGUCUAAGUCAUGGCACUGUGCAACGAAUCAUUUCUGACCAUUUACAGUUGAGAAAAAUAACCACUCGUUAUAUUCCUAAACAUCUAACAAAUUCUCAGAAGGCUGAAUGGGUGUGUAUAUGUCAGGAGAAUUUAUCAAAAUUUGAACAAGGUGUUUGGAGAUUAAGUGAUGUGGUGACAGGAGAUGAAUCAUGGUUUUAUCACAAGCAAAUCGGUCGAAAGUCGUCGAAUGCUGCUUGGGUAGCACGUGGAGGUGCCCAACCAGCGGUGGUUCGACGUAGUCGCUUUGCUCCUAGAACGUUCCUGUCUAUUUUCUUUAAGUCAACUGGUCCAGUUUUGGUUCAUCGUGUUGAAUGUGGACAAACAAUUGAUCAUGAAUAUUACAUCGACAAUUGUUUGGCGCCUGAUCUCGAAGAAAUUAAGAACUAA